AUGAAGCGGCCGGUGAAGUUCAUCGCCGACUCUAGGGCACGGCGCACCGCGUUCAAGAAGAGGAGGGCCUGCUUCCUCAAGAAGGCCUAUGAGCUCUCCACCCUCACCGCCACCGACGUCGCCGCCAUCUCCUUCGCUCCACAUGAUGCACCUCCCGGCGCCGUCCCCGACCACCUCACCUGGCCUCAGGACCGGAAAGAGGUGGUCCGCAUUAUCCGCCGCCUCCCUAAGUACGGCGACGGCGCCGGUCCCGGCAUCAAUAAAACGCCGAAAAUCAAGCCCCCGGAGGAGGUUGCGGUCGACCAGGCGUGGGACGACCAGGGGGCGCUUUGGACCAUCGUGAGGUCCCUGCUGGAACCAGAGAUCCUGGCCCUGAGAAAUAGCGGAACUAAGUUACCGGAGGAACCGGAGUGCUCGAGCUCCCAUCACAUCCGAGGGCUUCAAGAACCUCUUCCUCCUCCUCCUCCUCUCGCGGCGGCGAUCGUCGACGAUGCCUCCGAUCCCACUGCCAUGAGGAUUCACGAGCUCCUGAGUAUGCCCGAUACCUUCUACGGGAACGAUGAGGCCUCCUUCGCUGAGUUGCUGCACCUGAUGGAACAAGAUAUGCUGUCUGCAGUCCUAUCACAAUCACUUUUGCUUCGAGUGCAGGAUCCUUCUGAAUUCAAGAAAUGCAGGUCUUCACCGAAGCAAAUUGAAGGUCCUGAUGGAAGAAAUCUCCAGCUUCAUUUUCGGACAAGACUAUCCUUAUCCCAUUUUACUAGAGGAAAAGUAGAAGGGGAACAGGGAGCUGAAAUUCAUGUUGUGUUGAUUGAUGCAAACACUGGCCAUGUUGUCACAUCAGGACCUGAGUCAUUUGCAAAACUAGAAGUUGUAGUCCUUGAGGGUGAUUUUAGCAAUGAAGACAAUGAUGAUUGGACAGAAGAAGAGUUUGACAGUCAUGUAGUGAAAGAACGCGAAGGAAAAAUGCCUCUUUUGAUUGGAGACUUAUACGUCUCAUGGAAAGAAGGUGUAGGAACCCUUGGAGAGCUCACAUUUCCAGACAAUUCUAGAUGGAUACGGAGUAGGAAAUUUAGGCUUGGACUGAAGAUUGCUUCAGGUUUUUGUGAUGGUAUUCGAGUCCGUGAAGCGAAAACAGAAGCUUUCACUGUGAAGGACCACAGAGGGGAAUUGUACAAGAAACACUAUCCACCUGAAUUGAAAGAUAAAGUCUGGAGAUUGGAAAAGAUUGGUAAGGAUGGUUCAUUCCACAAGAGGUUGAAUAAAUAUGGACUCUUUACAGUUGAAGACUUUCUCAGACUUGUUGUUAGGGAUCCCCAGAAACUCCGCAAGGUAAGUUUUUGGUUUUCUUGUUUGCUGUAAUGAGUCUCUUAUUAUCUCCAUUGUUUGUGGAUCUAAUUUACUUCACAAUGUAGGUUCUUGGAAGUGCCAAUAAGAUGUGGGAGAGUCUAGUGGAGCAUGCCAGACUUGUGUCUUAAGUGGAAAGUACAAUGUAUAUUAUUCUGAUGACACAAGGGAUUUUGGUGCAAUUUUCAAUAACAUUUAUGAGUUUUGUGGCCUGAUUGCUGGCGGGCAGUUCUAUUCUGCUGAAAACCUGAAUGACAAUCAGAAGGUCAGAAGCGCGUCAUUUUGCAAAAUGACACUUAGACCUCGCUGUCUAAGUGCCGCCUCCACAUCCUCAAGGUUGAGCGCGUCGAGGACUACCUCCUCAAGGAGGAGUUCGUCGCCAACCAGGAGCGCCUCCGUCCCCUGGAGUAGAAGAACGAGGAGGAUCACUCCAAGUUCGAUGAUCUCCGGGAGUCGCCGAUGAGCACCGGAAACCUGGAGGAGCUCAUCGACGAGA